GGCAGCUUCGCCUCUGGAGGGUGUGUUAGCAGCGAGUCCCUCUAAGCAACGACUCGCAAACGGGCAUCCGAGCCAGUACGAGCAGAAAGAGAAAAAACAGGAACCACUGUCAUUUCGGGGCUUUUUUGAAAUAUUCUCGACGAUAUUUCUUCGUCGUUUGCUUUGAUCCCGUCGAAGUCGCCAUUUGUUCGGACGCCAGCCUCAUAAAGAAAAGCUGAAAUUGAUGCAUCUUGCUCCGCGGUGCUGUUUGUUUUGACCUGCGUAGCUACAAGGGAAUCCUGCUAGAGGAUUAGCGGUGUGUCAAUGAGGAACUACCGGCUCAUCUUUUGCCACAACCUGAAGCAGCCAUAGAUGGUCCAGUGGUUCACUGGGCAGAGGAGGAAAGGAUAGGACACACUUUAACUGCUACACGACGUAAGGUUUCAGCAGGAUUGUGGUGAGGAGGAGGCGGCGGCGGAGGAGGAGGCCAUGAGGAAGAGCGUGUCUCCAUUGCCAGGCAACGAGGGCGGGAGCUCAGCCAGCACGACACGAGUUUUUGGCGUUCCUUUAGAGGAGGUGACACGAACGCACACCGCCAGCGGCCAUGAGGUUCCUGCACUGGUCAAACACAUCGUGGACUACAUCGAGGAGCACGGUCAGCUGGACUUAGAGGGGCUCUUCCUGGUUAACGGCAACGCGGAGCGAGUAGACUGGCUGCGUCAGCGCUACGAUAGCGGUGAGGAGGUGGAGCUACAGAAGGAGGCUGAUCUGGCAUCGGCGGUCAGUUUGCUCCGUCUCUUCCUGCAGGAGCUUCCCGAGCCCGUCAUACCAACGGCUCUGCAAGGGCACAUACUUCAGCUCUACCAAGAUUACAGCAACGAAGAAGAGCUGUGUAGAAACCUGAAGUAUCUGCUGCAGCAGCUCCCCCAUGUGAACUACGGUCUACUCCGUUUCCUGUGCCGCUUCCUGUCUAGUGUGGUGUCACUUCAGCCAGAGAGUUGGACGGUCGGGGCGCUGGCCGCUGUUUUUGGACCAGAUAUCUUUCAUCUGUCGACUGAAAGAGAGGACAUUCGGGACCAGGAGUCUGUCAGCAGAGUUUUGGCUGAGCUGCUGGACAAUCAGGAGGGCCUGUUUGACUCAGAUGAUGAAGAUGUGUCCACCACCAACGACUACAGCUCAAUCAAUGAACAGAUCACCGAGCUGUUGGAUGACGAGAAGUGCGAAGCAGAAUGUGAAGAGCUGCCGCAGGACGGGGAGGAAGGACCCGCUGCCUCCAACUCACCCACACACACACACACUGAUGAUGACCCCACAGCCAGCUCCCACCUCUCCCCCAUGUCCAUCCUGCCUGCUGACUCUGCUGAGAUAAUUCAGAGAACCAUCAGGGCUGCAGUGGAGCAGCACUUCUUUGAGCUGAAAACCUCCAUCAGCCAGGAUCUCAGUGUCUAUGACAGCCAGGGGAUAACUCCAUCUGAGCCUGAAGAGCAGGGUUGCCAUGACAACGAGGAGCAACAAACUGAGCCCAAGGAUGCUCCCUGCGACACAGAAAGGGAGACCCCGCUCGAUCAGAAAGAGCAGCACAUACAACAAAGUCAGAACAACCCAGAGAAUUCACUGGAAUCUGCUGCCACCCUGGAGGAGAGCUCAGGAAUGGACCUGGAUACAGAAGCUGUCAUAGAUGCUGAGAAGAACUUUAACACUGCCAGGCAGGACAAUCAGCCCCGGGACGCCAUGGAGCAGACCGUCACCAUAAACUGUGACUCUGAUUCAUUUCGCUGCGAUCAGAACGCCAACACCAGCGAGACCAACAGGAACCAUCUGUCACCGUGCCAAACAAACUCUGGCCUCAGCCCGCACCUCCAGCUCUUCCCUGACAACCAGUGGGAGGCAUCACCCCUUUCCCAUCUCCACCUCCCUCCCAUCGACUUCUCAUGUAUGCAUCUGCAAAAAGAAGGCCAAGACCCUGUUCCAGCUUUUAAGUCCUGGCAGGACGACACAGAGAGCGGAGAGGCCCAGCUCUCCCCGCUCGCUGGUCGCAUGGUUCCUCUGCCACCGCUACCCCUGGAGGACGACGGUGAAGAAGAGAUGGAAGGGCGACAUGACGACUCUCCUUCUUCUUCACGCUCCCACCCUCAUAUCCUGACUCGACGGUUUCUGGAUUUUGGAGCGCACAGCACCCAACGCUUUCUCCAGCAGGACCUAGAGGCCACCUCACCCUCCAAAGCGCAGCGGUACGAAGAGAAUCAGAGACCAAGGCGGGCUUCAUUUGGCUCCAGAGAGGCGAUGAGAGGAGAUUCUGUGACCCAUCAGCUUACCAAAAAGCUUCAACAUCUGAAGAAGAAAAUCAAACAGUUCGAGGAGCAGAUUGAGAAGGAGAGGAACUACAAGCCCUCUCACGCAGACAAGGCAGCUAACCCUAAAGUCCUCAAAUGGAUGACUGACCUGACCAAGAUCCGCAGACAGCUUAAAGGACGCCAGCACCUCCUUUUACCUAGAAGCACGCUGAGGCACCAGGCUUUGCUCCAUUCACACAGAAGCCACCCUGCUCCCUCAUCCCCUUCCUCCUCCUCCUCCUCCUCCUCCUCUCUGUGCUCACCUCCCCAUCACACUCCCACCCUCCCACUCCACCCCGGCUCAGACCAGAGCUCUAGACCGUUUCACCUCAAUGCCAAACACUGUGCUGAGAGCGAGCUCGGCCCGCAGACUCGCCCUCGUAGCAACACCCUUCCCAAGAGCUUCGGCUCCACUCUGGACCAGGGCUCUCAUGACAUAACCGGGGAGGUCAGGGGCCCACGCCCCACCAAAGAAGAAACGCUGGAGCUGAUCCAGUGCCGAGUCAAAGGGAAGAGGCAGGAGGACGGCUGGCCGGACGACAUCAAGAAGAUGACCAAAGAACAGCUGUCCUGUGAGAAGAUGCUCCUUCAGAAGAACCUGCUGCACUACGAAGGCCUGCAUGGAAGACCGGUGACCAGAGAAGAGCGUCUGGUGGUGAAGCCUCUCUACAAUCGCUACAGGCUGGUCAAGCAGAUGCUGGCGAGAGUCAGCAUCACACCAGUAACGGCGUCCCCCUCCAGUAAAAGGCGGAGUCAAACCCUCCAGCCAAUCAUUGAAGGAGAAACUGCUCAUUUCUGGGAGGAGAUCAAAGAAGAGGACGAGGAAGAACAGAAAGGUGGAGAGGAACAGGAGAAGGAGGAGGAGAGGGAAGAAGAGGAAGAUGAUGAUGAGGAGGAGGAGGCUGAGAGCAGCGGUGGAGAGAUGCAGAGCUCAGAGGUCAUCAUGGCGUUUGAGGCCGUGACCCCGAGCGGUGGGUCGGUGAGGAACCAACCGGACGAGUUGAGAGACAAGAUGGAGGAGGGGUCGGGGAGACUGGCGCUGGACCUGCGUCUGUCCAGCUCCAACGCCUCGUCCAUGCCAGAGCUGCUGGAACAGCUGUGGAAGACCAGAACAGAGAAGAAGAAACUGAGGAAAACCAUCCGAGAAUUUGAGGAAGAUUUCUACCAGCAUAAUGGAAGGAACGUUCAGAAGGAGGACCGGGUGCUGAUGCUGAUGCUGGAGAAGUACAGGGAGUACAAGAGGAUCAAGGCCAAACUGCGCCUCCUGGAAGUCCUCAUCAGCAAACAGGAUUCUUCCAAGUCCAUCUAGAUUUUUCUCAGAUAACCGCUAUGGUCGCACACAUCAUCAGCCGUCAUCACUGCACCGGCGCCCCCUGCAGGAAUAAUCCAAAAUAACCCACCAAGGGCAACAGCGAUCAGAUCAAAAGAACUUCCCACCUUCAGCAGCUCAGGUUGCUGCAGUCACACCAUGAAGAUCUCAGGUUGUUAGAAAGUGACAAAGGUUUGAUCAUUCAAAAUGAACAAUUAGACUAAAUUUAAUUUAAACUGGCUGAUAUUUACCAUGACAUGACUGCAGAGGCUCUGAUGGUCAAACCUGACUUCAUAUCACUGUGUCCUUCAUCUUCAUCAUCCACACCUGGUGUCGCAUGUUGAUUUGUCCGUUUUCUCCCCAAACAAAACUCAUUUCCAGACGUCAUGUUUUCUCUCAUGGGACAUCUCAGAAACUGAAGCUUUACAUCAUCGCACCUUCAGAGGCUCAUAUUAUUAUUUCAGCUCCAUCACAUCCUGAAUGUGAGGUUUUAGGUGUGGAGACUGAGAGAUCUGUUUCUUUGUCAAUAACUGAACGUCUCUGAGCCUCCAGUAACCAACCAACAGCACUGAGAGGCAGCUUCACAGCCCAGAUGCUCACAGGAAUCAGUCCAUGAUUGCAAGAAUCAUGGACUGAUUUCUACAAACUCCGUUUUGUUUCUCCUUGAAUGUUCUGUUUCAUUUGCUUCAUGUUGGCUGCAAUCAGCGAGUGUGAUGAGUUCAGAGCGACGCGGGACCAUUUGGUUCCUGGGAGGGGAAACACCGCCGACCAGCCCUGAGGGUGGGAGCCAUUUUCAGGCGAGGUUUGAUUUCCUGCUGGCAGGUCACAUGAGAACCAGAGCAUCCUUUUUAAAUGCAGGAGGCUGGGGAACAUCUCCCUACCUGCAGGCUUUGGGCUGCCGGCGAUAUUUGAAAUGGAAGCUCUGAGAGAGACUAAAAGUAGAGUUUUUGUGUUUGUUUGUGGAGAAUAUUUGGGUGCAGAGGUGCCGUGUGCUUGUUGGAACAGUAAGGUUUGAGAUUUGAUGUAAAAAGAUGUUAUUUGCACAGCAUUCCCAGAAUGCAGCCCUUCUGUUGUUUCCAUUUGUAUUUCUAGAAAUUAAGCACUACUUCUAUACAAAUAUAGUUCUACUGUACAUAAAAACCCCAAAACAUGUUUAAAUUAUUUCACGUUUGGUUGCUUUAGUUUUCUUACAUUUGUGACGCCCAGAGAAUGUUUAUCAGUAGCUAAUGUUCUGACAUUUCCAAACCUUUUAUAUGUGCUCACUAAGUGUAACCCAGCUGUGGAACCCACUUUGUUCUUGCUCUGUGUAAUAUAAGCUAAUAUUGCGGUACUGUAGUCAGCUUGCAUGGCAGCACAGAUCAUAUUAAACAUGGACUGUUUUCAUUAUUUGUGCCAUGAAGAAGCAGCAAUAAUAAAAGUUUGCAUCAGACAUAUUUUAACAUGUUUCAGGUUGUUGGUUUGACUGUUUUUGUAAUUUUCCUCUGAGUCUCGCUCACUCUGCUCUAGCGACAUGUUUCUAACAUUAAAAAGUGUGUUGGCUCUGCUGAAAACCAAAACAUGGAGACGAAGGUCAGAAAACAUUCCAGGUUUUAUCAUUGUUUAAUGUUCAUCUCUGAAGGGCUUUUAAUUUGACUUGUUUGUUGUGGUGCCAGCAGCAACAGAGUUGUGAAAUUGUUCAUGUGUCCAUCGGUGUGCUUCAAACUUCCCAUCUGAGAUGUUCUCCAGGAAUCCACAGCAGGAGUUCUCAUCUAAGAUGUCUCUGCAAAGGUUGAACAACUUGUUUUAUAUCAAUAACAUUAUGAUCUAAAGGGAUAUGAGUCGAGACCUGUUUACUAAUGAAUACUAAAUUAUUGUUUUGCUUCAUGAAAGUAAAAUUCUGAUUAUUUUUCAUGGUUAAAAGAAACUGACCUUUGACAUCUUUAAACGUGAAUUGUUGCUUCAUUUUCCUGGUCUGCUUCAUCCUGAUCACCAGAACUGCUUCCAUAUCAACAAAAGUUGAAUUACUUUGUGAAAAGAAUGAGAACAACCAGUAAACCAUGAAAAUAAAAUGUACAAACUUCCCA